AUGUCUAUGAUCCGCGUAGCACAGACAGCCCGCCAAAGGGCCAUGACCCUCAUGGGCGCAGUCAACUCCCACUCAUCCUCUUGUCCCUGUCAUUCUUGCUCCUCCGUUCAGAACCCCCUCCAAGUCGCCAAAAACAUCCUUCGCAAAGGUUACGCUACCCCUGUCUCCUUUGCCGAGGAAAAGGAAUAUGCUUUCGAGAUGGCUGCGAGUUCGAUCCGUUAUGGUGAAGGCGUCACCCGUGAAGUCGGUAUGGAUUUCAAGAAUAUGGGCGCGAAGAAGGUGGCGGUCUUUACGGAUAAGACCAUUGCACAACUUACACCAUUGAAGUUGGCAAUCGAAGGUCUGGAGGCCCAGGGUGUACCGUACGCCAUUUUCGACAAUGUCCGCGUGGAGCCAAAGGACACUUCCAUCAAGGAGGCCAUCGAGUUCGCACGGAAUGCCGGUGUAGACUCAUUCCUCGCAGUUGGAGGAGGAUCAGUCAUGGACACCGCCAAGCUGGCAAACCUUUACACCUGCUAUCCCGACGCAGACUUCAUGGAUUUCGUCAACGCGCCGCUCGGAAAGGGACUUCCAGUGGGUAAGCGCCUUCACCCUCUCAUUGCAGUUCCUACCACCGCCGGAACGGGAUCCGAAACCACCGGAACCGCAAUCUUCGAUCUCCAGUCCCACAAGACGAAAACUGGUAUCGCACACCGAAACCUUAAGCCACUUCUUGGUGUCGUAGACCCUCUCAACGUCCGCACUAUGCCUUCCGCCGUCUUCGCCUCCUCCGGACUCGAUGUUCUGUGUCACUCCAUCGAAUCCUACACCGCAAUUCCUUACAACGAGCGUACCCCACGCCCCACCAACCCCCUCCUCCGCCCCGCCUACCAGGGCGCAAAUCCAAUCUCUGACAUCUGGUCCAUUACCGCCUUGAAGAUGGUGGUUGAGUACCUUCCCCGCUGCGUCAAGGACCCCGGAGACCACUUUGCUCAGGGACAAAUGCUCCUCGCCGCUACCUUCGCCGGUAUCGGGUUCGGAAAUGCUGGUGUGCAUUUGUGUCACGGCAUGUCAUACCCCUUGUCCGGAAUGAACAAGAGCUACAAGCAUGCUGGGUACGCGGUGGAUCACCCCAUCGUGCCGCACGGUGUUUCGGUCGCCGUCACCGCGCCCGCUGUAUUCAAUUUUACCGCUCCAGCAAACCCCGAGCGUCACCUCGAAAUUGCAAAAAUAUUCGGAGUAGACACCUCGAAUGCCCGUAAGGAGGACGCUGGUCCAAUCCUCUCGGAGGCGAUCGCCAAAUUCCUGGUCGGGUUGGGAGAUCAACCAAGGGGUAUUAGUCAGUUGGGUUACGAGAGGAGUGACAUCCCGAAUCUGGUUGAGGGAACGUUGCCGCAGCGCAGGGUGUUGAUGUUGGCGCCUGAGCCAGAGGAGGUUACGAGGGAGAGCUUGGCGAAGCUGUUUGAGCAGGCCUUGGAGUAUUAG